AUGUCGGCCCCAGAGCAGGCUAGGAUGGACUUUGACUCCAUUGACGAGUCCAAGGUGAUUGUGCACCAUGCUUGCUGCUGCUGCUACGACGGUUGUGUGCCUGAAGUGCACCACAUUGGAUGUGCAGCACAGAAAACCGUCCUUUGCCUUGAGUGCGACCUUUGCUGCAAGACUGGCGCACCUUGCUUGUGCUGUGGAUGCUGUGCAUUCCGAUGUGUCGACCUCACGACAUGCUGCAAAGCACAGGGCCAGUUCUUCUGCUGCGUGACGGGAUCCGCAUUCCCACCCGAUGAUGAAGUGCCUUGCAUGCUGAACGUAUGCUUCCUCAAUUGCUUCCCCAGACUUGGAUGCUGCAUGAGGCUGGGUGACAUGAAGGCCAAGCAAAUGCCAUGGGAGUCUGAAGCUACCACCACCUCUGAUUAG